AACGAAAGUAGGACUUGUGUGCAGUCGUGAUGUGCAUGUGUUGUUGAUGAUUUGAACGAUUAAAUAUUUUCACAGGAAUUUAGAAUGAGUGUGACUCGGGAACUGUUUCCUAACCUGAUAACAGAGAGGGAUUAGCGUACAUUUGUGUAUGACUUAAAAUGUUAGAACGGUAGUAAAGUCGGUAAUUAGUGUUAUAACACAUUACAUAAGUGCCAUGCAAAGAAAGUUAUUUGUGCGGAUGUUCUGUCCCUAUUGGAGGGCAACUGAGGACUAUUGUAUGAGGAAAGAACAACUGACGGACGCACUCGAGGAGAUUUGGAGGCGUGCACAAUCCUACCAAGAGGCACUUAAAAUUAUUGAAGAUGUUUUAAAAGAAAAAAAUAUGUUUCCGGAUUCCAUGAUAUUUGACGAACAGCUUCCAAACUCAAGGACGAUAACGUGUCAACCAAAGUCAGCUAAAUAUAUUGAUGUCGAAAGUCAUAGUGUUGAGGAUAGACUACUUGUAAAACCAGACCAUGCCAGCAAUGCAGAUGCGCUUAAAUACUACAAGACGGAAUUGUUACGUUUACACUCUGUCGUACAAAACCAUGAGAAACAGAACAAAACGCAAGAAAAUGAGAUAGAACGUCUGGAAUCAGUAUUUAGAUCACGAGAUGAAGACCUUUGCCGAGCACAAAGAAUGGCCCGUCAUCUUGAAAAAGAUAAUGAUGAAAAGACCAAUCGCAUAUUGGAACUAGAAGCUCAACAAAGAAACCUUACUGACGUUUCGCAAAGGGAGGAGAAGAAAGAACAGCAGAGAACUUCACAACAAACAACAAAAUUUCUUAGACAGGAAACACAUGUUGCUGAAAAGAACGGGUUCGAAUCCUCGAACAAAUCAAACGAAAAACAUACCAAUGGUGAGCGACAACAGUCGACACGACACUACGAGAAUCGGACAGGUGCUCAGGCAGCACUAAAAGCAGAGAAACAAUCAGAUUACGGAACAAUGAAAAGAGAGUUUGAAGUCCAACAUGAGAACCAGAGUAGCCUUGAUAAACUUAACAAGGAGAUAGUAGCACUUCAAGAGGAUACACAAGUGGUUGGUGAGAAAUUGAUCAAAGAAAGGCUAAUUAGAAAGAAGAAGGAAAAUGACUGUGAGAAACUAGAAAAACAACUUUCAGACAAUCAGCGCGACCACGAUCAACUGAAAAUAGAGAUAAAGCAUUACGAGGAAAAACAACGGGAUUACGAAAAGCUAAAAAUGGAUUUGGCAGCACUUAAAGGGGAGAAGCAACGGGAUCAUGAAACACUGAGAGGGAAGUUGGCUGAACCGCAUAGGACCAUACAACAUGGUGAAAAGGAACUAACAAAACAGCUUACAGAACUUCAACAGGAGAAACGACGGGACCACGAUAGAUUAACAGAAGAGCUGACAGAACUUCAACAAGAGAAACAGCGGGACCACGAGAGAUUAACAGAAAAGCUGACAGAACUGCAACAGGAGAAUCAGCGGGACCACGAGAAACUAAUAGGAGAGCUGACAGAACUUCAACAGGAGAAACAACGGGACCACGAGAAACUAUCUGAGGAGCUUACAGCAUCAAAAGAGGAGAAACAAGACGUUCAAAUGAAGCUUAAUGACAAAAUAAGAAAAUUAGAGAAAGAACUUGUAGACACAUCUUCGAAAGUGAAACAGCUCCAGGCUCAUCAAGGACAACUACAAUCUGCACUAGAUAGACGAGAUGAUCAAAUCGUGUCUAUGGAGAAAGACAUGAAUUCGAAGACAACAGAGUUACAAAGAAAGGAAGCAGGACAGAAAUCCCGAUACAGUGAACUUAAUCAAGAGAUCAGGAAACUGGAGGAUGAAAACGAGACGCUGUCUGCCAGCAUUGAAACACUUCAGCUGGAGAUCACAGAUUUAAAAUCUGAACUUGGUGAAAAGGAAAAAGAGGUCCAAGAUUGUUGUAAGAAAAACAAUACCUUGUCAAAUAACUUUGACCACCUUCACAGUAAACAUAAGAGCAUGCAGGAGGAACUGGGUGGCCAAAUAGAAAAACUCAAAGAAGACAACAAGAAAAAUAGCUCUUCAAUCCAGGAGUUACAAGAGGACAAGGACCGCUUGGUGGAUCAGCUUGGUGUCAGUGAAAUUGAGCUGAAGACUCUACGGUUAAACCAAGAGAAUCUGACACAGGAACUGGAAACAGAACAACGGAAUCAUCACACCACUCGUACGGACCUCGGGGAACAGAUAGUGUCACUAAGGGGAGAUAACACUGGGCUGUCGUCUACAGUCGAAAAGUUACAACGGAAUGUUGCUUUGUUGGAAAGACAACUCGGCGUCAAGGAAGAAGAAUUAAAAACUCUGCGGUUAAAAAAGGACCAAUUGAGGAGUGAACUGGAAACAGAACAACAGAAACAUCACACCACCCGUGCGGACCUUGGGUGUCAGAUAGUGUCACUAAGGGGAGAUAACACCGCGCUGUCGUCUACAGUCGACGAGUUAAAACUGAAAGCUGCUGCAGUGGAAAGACAACAUAAUUCAGUUCAGGAAGCUUUUCGUACGGCCAGUAUGGAAAAAGGGCAACUUGAGAAGGAAAUUACCUCUCUGAGGGAUGAAAAGCAGGAACUCCUUAGGGACAUGUUAGCCGGACUGGAAGAUCUCAGAGUGGCAAAUACUGAGCUGGCAUCGAACAUUGAUGUGCUGCAACAAGAAAAGCAAACAUUACAAAAGAAAUUCGAUGCAAAGGACGAUGAACUUCAAACCAUUCUACGUGAGCUAAGAGAGGCAGCAGAGCGAGCAAAGAGGAAAUCCGUCGUGCUGAGUAUACGUAGUGAGAAAAGCGGGAUGGGAAAGACAAUGGUGGAUAUGGUUACCAAGGAAAUAACAAAACGCCUGGACAGCAAAGUGGACAAGAGUUGUAUGGACCUGACAAUACAGCCACACAAUGCGUCAGCAGGUGCCAUAGGUGGGCCCCUAGUGGUCCUUUGUCUCAACAUGUCCAGGAUUGGCACCAAUAUCCAAGAUACAUUGAAGGGGAUUAAAGUUGACAAAGACAUGAUUGUCUUGGUGCUUCAUCAUACCAGCAAGGAGAACCUCUCGUCUCUAACUCCCACAAGUCUCCGCGUUACCGGAAGUGAGUUACGGCAGUUGGGCGGGAUCAUUGAUAUGGCUUUCGACAGUAACAAUGGGUUGUAUGCGUGUGAUCUCAACACCACUGCAAUUGAAAAGUUGGCAAUUAUUCUGAAAAAAUAUUGAUGCACGGAGUAUGUAUAGAAUUGUAGAUGAUCUGAAGUAUUACGUGAUACGCGGUACGUCUGCCCAGAUACGUAUAUUACAGAGAUUCUGUAAUAUACGUCUCUGGUCUGCCGGGGCUGCAAUAACUUUCCCAUGGCCAAUUGUGAAAAACUCUACUUGGCUGUAUUUCGUAUUUGCUUGUGUAUUUCGUAUCAAAGUGUUCUUCGAUUCUAUUGUUAACGGCAUUGAUAGGCACUCACAAACACGUUGGUUAUCGGUACGGUCGCAUGUGUCCUGGAAUGUACAUAUACCUCUGUGGAGUUGUUAUCUACGUCGCUACCUGUCGUAACAUAGGACAAUUAAGAUAUGGAGAUGCUAAGCUGAGAUAAUAAUGUAUUAAAUGGUGUUACAUAUGUUUGUCGCAAUAAAAGCUCACAAGAGCUAAUGUUCCUUGUUUACCUUUAUGCGACGCUAAAUACAGUUUCUUGUAUCUUGUUGUACAUACCCACUAUAAUUGUUGUCGUGUUGGUUUUCUUAACCCUUUAAAUUACCAGAAAUUAUAGUUUGUCCUGUAUGUGUGCGGAAGUGUGAGGGUGAUUGUGGGUUGGUCGGUCUAUAUACGAAAUUGUUUUGAAAAAAUGUAUAUGUCCACCUGUCUGUUGUGUAGUGAUAACCUCGUUUGGAGAGGUGGAAUUAAGGCAUCCCUAUCUGUAUAUGUGCUUGUUAAUAGUUGUAUAGAAAGUAAUAAGAUGUAAACAACUAAAUUCCAUAGCUAACUAACACCACGGACUUAUAUUCCGUGCUAACACUAUAAACUUCACUUGUAGAUGUGUACGAUCUGGCACGUAUUGAAGGUGAAUUACUGCAUGUACAUGUCGAUUGUAUAUGCUUUAUCUGUAUUUGCCAUUAUAUGGAAACACUUCAUGAGUUUGCUGUUAAGGCCAGGAAAAGGGAAUGUAGUAGACAUUUCAAUGCUAAUAGCACGGAAUUACUUUAUCUAAGUCCGCGCUAAUAGUAAGUAUGUGUGUCUGUAGUAUAGAUUUAUGUGUGAGAGACAGCGAGACAAUUAAGUGUGUUUGGUCACGGAAUUAGUUUGCUAUCUAAGUCCGUGGUUUGGUAGAUUCUUUAAGUUAUAUCUUAAGUUUAAACAGAACAAGCAACAUAGCACCCGUUAUGCUAUGUAUUUGAUUUUUAAUAUACAUAUAAAUAAUAAUGUAUAGUAUCUAUUGAUAAAGUACAUACAUGUACGUAGUACACAAGUCAGUUGAACUAAAAGCUGAUUCUAAUAAAAUCACUUCUACACCAAGAAGUAUUAAUCGGAGAUAAAUAUUGUAUUCGCGGGGCAUUUUUAUCAGUUUGAAAUAAAGCUUUUGGUACGCUUACAGAAUGGUUUUGUUACUUGUCAACACAUGUUGCAGCUAUUUUCCUUUUUUUACUGACUAAUGCAGCACAUUUCCUGAACAUGUGGAUGAGUAUAUAAUCCCUGAAAUGUUGAGGGCGUCCACACUUGGUUAGAAGUCAUCGUCAGAUUUAACAAGGGCGUAACACUUUCUCCAGAGGUAUCCGGUGUCUUACGCUCAACGUAAACAACAUGUGGUCGGGAAAUUGUACUUCAUAAAAAAGUUAUAGUGUAUUAUUUCGUCAGAAUUGCUUUAUUUAUCCUCACAUAAAGGUCACAAAAAUCAUCACCCAUUGAUU